CCUUUCAUAUACACCAAACUUACUUCACCUGUCACCCAAUCUCUGACCUACUACAUCAUGUCGACCUACACCGACUCCGACGAUGAUUCGGCAGCUCCCUCAAAGCUCUUCGGACGCCGCCGUCCCGUCCAUGAAAUUCUCGGAGGGGGAAAAGUCGCCGACAUCUUGUUAUGGAGAGACACGAAGAUGUCGGGUGCAUUGCUGUUGGGGAUGACAACGUUGUGGUUUCUGUUCGAGGUCGUUGAAUAUAAAUUUGUGACCCUUGUCUGCCACCUCUCUAUCACCUCCAUGCUCAUCUUCUUCAUUUGGUGCACGGGAGCUGAAAUCUUCAAAUGGAACCCUCCUCGGUUGCCUGAAGUGAUAUUAAAAGACUCAGCAUUCAAAGAAGUUGCAUCCACUUUCCAUAGAAGAAUCAACCAGUUCUUAUCAAAGAUCUUCGACAUAGCUUAUGGAAAAGAUCUCCCACUCUUCUUUCUGGCAAUUGUGUCUCUAUAUCUUUUGUCAGUGAUUGGAUCGUAUGUGAGCUUUCUGAAUCUUGUUUAUUUCGGGUUUGUGGCGUUGGAAACUCUGCCAUUUCUGUACGUGAAGUAUGAAGAAGAGGUUGAUCAUUUGGCUGGGAAGGCCAUUUAUCACACCAAGAAAUCUUACAGAAAUUUCGACGCCAAGUUCCUCAACAAGAUCCCCAGAGGACCUGUUAAGGACAAGAAACUCAGAUAAGGCCAUAGCAUAAUUUGGAUUCAUGAGUGCAUUUCUUAUUCUAAAUAACGGGUUUUAAUGUAAUAAAUUGCCUCUAAAAAGGUACGUAAAUGAAUCGAUAUUGUAUUUGAACGAGAGUGAUUGCUAUGAUAUGAAA